UCCAACGGCGUGGGCCGCUCCACGUCGUCACGGUUCGCCUUCACGGUCUCCCACCUCGACUCACUAAAAAUCUGGUACCUAAGCUCAGUAACUCCCACAACGACCGCAGGUAGCAGCCCUUCGCUCCUCGGCGUCUCCCCUCUUAACGCACGCUCCUACUCCUUCGCUUCGCCGAGAGCUCGGUCGACCCCCUGGCCCCACCAGAAGCUGCAGGGCACGCCGCUAAACUCAAUUGAGUUAAAGGAUCAGCUUUUUGCAUCAAAAACAGAUCGCAAAAGGAGAGAUCGGCAACCUCUUGAGCAGAUCAUCUUUGGAUCUUGGGGAUUUCUCGGAUCUGGAGAUCAGAAAAGGGGGCCGCGUCAGCAGCUGAGGACGCCGAGGCUGUCCUUCCUCCAAUCCCCCUCGAUGCUCUUCUCCGGGUUCAACAAUAAAGAAGGCGGGGCCGCUAAGGGCGAGAAGGCGAAAGAGACAUUUAUGAUGUAUUUGAGGUUCCACCGGUGGCCGUAUGACGAGAUGGUGUACAGGGCGAAGAUGUGGCCCCUGCUCGGCGGGCUCAUGUCGAUCAUGUCACCUCACGAGAAGCAGCAGCGUUUCAGCGGAGGGGGAGGGAACGCGCAGCUGCAGCAUCACCACAAGAUUUAA